CGCAAAUGUUGAGACUCAGAAUUUGUUAACACCGGAAGUGCACUUUAACUUGAGCCUUUGGCUUUGGCAAGCACAUGUGGACCAGCCGGUUAUCUUUGGUUGAAUAUGAUGAGACAUUCCCGAUAAACUGCGCCGUUGCCUUAUUUCCCAACACGGACUUUUAGAGCAGCUGUAGAAUGUUAGUCGGCUACAGCAGCAGUAGUUCGGAUGAGGAAAGUGAUGCUGGUGGUGUGGAGGCAGUCGCCGCUCCAGAUCAUCAGGGCGAUGGCGAUGAUUGUCCGAUAAAAAAGAAGCCCAAAAUAGAGAAAUCAUCGGCAAGACUACCCCUACCGGGUUGUUUGCUUAGCAUGUUUCCAGAUGCUGAGGAGCCACAGACUGAGGAGAGCUCUUUGCAUGAUGGUCGUAUCCGCUCAUUCAAACAUGAGAGAGGAAAUUGGGCGACCUAUGUUUAUUUUCCAUACAAACCUGAAGAGGAGUUUGGGACGUUAAUGGAGGUCCUUAUGUCAGCUGCAGCUGCCUUUGGAGUGGCUUUGACCCCACAGGAGGAAUUUCAUCUCAGCCUGUCUCAGACAGUGGUCCUGAGACACCACUGGAUCCAGCCCUUCGUACAGGGCCUCAAAGCAGGCCUGGCCCCCUGCAAAAGGUUUAUGUGCUCAGCAUCCAGACUGAACGUCUAUUGUAAUGCAGAGAAGACAAGGACCUUCUUGGGGAUGGAGGCUAUAACCGGGCAAGCUCAGUUAUUAAAUGUGGUUCGAGUGGUGGACAGAACAUUGACCGAGUUUCACCUGGACACUUUUUAUCAGGAUCCAUCUUUCCACGUGAGCUUGGCCUGGUGUGUUGGCGACGUCACUGUGCAAUUGAAACAAUGCCUUCAUGAGCUUCAGAGUUUGGUCGAUAACCAUGAAGAGGAAUCGUAUCAUCUGUGGUUAGACUGUGCAGAGUUGCGCUGCCGCACAGGAAACAAAACCUUCCGCUUCCCUCUGGAUGCUUAAAACUGAAUGCACUGAGUGUUACGGCAUAUCCCGGCACAUGGAGUUUCAUGACUAUACAGUGGGUCCCUAGUUUCUGGUCCCAACAUAUGAAGUUGUGACGUUAUGAAAGACUUGCACAGCAGCAUACAAAUGUGUCGUUAUGCAGCACAAUAGAGCUCGCUCAAUUCACUGCCGUACCUUUUUUCCUUUUGAUAGUUUUAUGUUUAUGGCUUCGGCGUGUUUUUCAUUGCACCUUUAAUGCAAUUAUAACGUCAAAUGACUUUUUAAAGCUCCCUCAUUUCCCCCUCCAAAACACUGAUAUAUGCUUCAUAUUUUUGCAAACGUGAGAUACUUGCAUAUUUUUCUUAAGCAGGGGCCACCCAUUACUCUGUUUUAACUAUCAGAUGAUGAUUUUUAGGACAAAUGUUUUUUUUUUCUUCAAAAAUAGUAUAUUUUUGUAUGGAUCUUGUCAUUGAAUUCAGGUAUAUGACGAUGCCAUGUCUGCUAUAUUGUCUUGCACUCAUCAGCGAAUAAAUAUUUUUUUUAAUACUGUUGCA